AUGUCGGAGAGCUGCGGCGGGGGCCGUGCCGCUGACCCGCCCGGCUCAGCCGGGACUCGAACCGGCGACUCCGAGGCCACCCGGGGACCACAGCUCCCAGGAGGCAGCGCCUGCGGAACCUGGCGCCGCGGAGGGCCCGCCCCCCCCGCCGGUGCCGCCUGCCCAUUGGUCAAGCAUCUGCCAAUCAGAGGGACAGCGGCGUCAGAUUGGCCGGCGAGGGGCGGCGGCGGUGGGCAGGUUUCCUGCGGCCGCCUUUGCGCUGACCCCGGCAUGACGGUGAUGGGGGUGCAGGUGGUGGUGAGCCUGCUGGCAGCCAGCCUCAUGCAGAAGAUGGCCCCGCACUGCUCCUUCGCUCGCUGGCUGCUCUGCAAUGGCAGCCUGCACCGCUACAAGCACCCCUCGGACGAGGAGCUCUGCGCCCUGGCAGGCAAGCAGCGCCCCAAGACCAAGCGGGACAGGAGGGUGAACGGCGUCAUGGAUGACAAGCCCCUCUCCGUGCCCCGGGACAUCGACCUCCGCCUGGACACCACCCCCAUCACUGCCGUGGAUGCUCUCGUGCUGCGUUAUUUCCUGGACUACCAGUGGUUUGUGGAUUUUGCCGUCUACUCCACCGCUGUGUACAUUUUCACCGAGGGCUACUACUGCCUGGCAGACCCCCAGAAGGAGAUGAACAUCGGGGUGCUCUGGUGCCUGCUCACAGUCGUCUUCUCUGUCAAGGUCUUCUUCAUGGUGAUGCGCCAUUACUUCCGCUCAGAGGAAGGGGGUGAGCGCUCCGUCUGCCUCACCUUCGCCUUCUUCUUCCUCCUCCUUGCCAUGGUGGCCCUGGUCAUCCGUGAGGACUACCUGGAGUUUGGCCUCGAGCCUGGGCUGGCCAGCGUCAGCAGCAACCUGGAGAGCAUCUUGAAGCGGCGGGGCUGGGAGUGGACGCUGCCCCUCGCCAAGCUGGCCUUCAAGCUGGGGCUGGUGGCCCUGUGCUCCUUCCUGGGCGCCUGCCUGACCUUCCCGGGGCUGCGCCUGGCCCAGACGCACCUCGACGCUCUCCGGAUGGCAGCUGACAAGCCCCUGACCCAGGUCCUGCUCCACCUGAGUUUCCUGGCGCCCGUCCUCGUGGUGGUGAUGUGGAUCAAGCCCAUCUCGCGGGACUUCCUGCUCCACGCCCCCAUGGGCAAGCAGACAGUGCAGAUCAUGUCAGACUCUGCCUACAACACCGCGCGCCUCUGGACCGUCAUCGGCCUCUGCCUGCUGCGCUUGGCCGUCACCCGCCAUCACCUCCAGGCGUACCUGGGCCUGGCCGAGCGCUGGGUGGAGCAGAUGAGGAAGGAAGCCGGGCGCAUCGCCGUCCUGGAGAUCCAGCGCAAGAUCACGAGGAUUUACUGCUACAUCUCCGUGGUCAGCCUGCAGUACCUGGGACCCGUCAUCCUCACCCUCCACUGCACGCUGCUGCUCAAGACGCUGGGGCACCACUCGUGGGGGUUGUACCCGGAGCCCCCUGCCCUCCCUCCGGCAGCGGCCGCAGCGCUGCCGCAGCCCGGCGCCGAGGACAAGGAGGAUGUGCGUGCGGCGGUGGAGCAGAUCACAGGCGUCCUGAGCGGCACCUUCACCCCCCUCUUCUUCCGCGGACUCUUCGCCUUCCUCACCUGGUGGGUGGCCGCUUGCCAGGUCGUCACCAGCCUCUUCGGCCUCUACUUCCACCAGUACCUGGCAGCCUCCUGACUGGGGGGAGCUGGGACAUGCCUUGGGGCGCAGUCAGCACUCAGCUGCUGGUCCCCUUGCUCCUGCCUUGGCUGGUUUCCCCCUUUGCACAUGCUGGUGGCACACGUGGACACGGACGUGGGGAUAUUUCUGCCACCAGCUCUCAGCUUGAUGGGUUUCUUGCAUCCGGGCCAGCACGGGCAUCGCCUGCUCCCGCUGCCGAUCACCACCGUGCCUGCUCUCACCCUGCUGCCGCCCCGGGCUGCGUCUCUCCAGCCCCUCUUCCCCUUCCCUGCACAGUGACGGAGGAGCCGAAGCCCUGAACGUGGGGACACUCUGCAACUUGUGUUUCCUGGAGGGCAGUGGCUCCUGCCAGCCCCGGGCCGUACGUGCUGGGCAGAGGACGUGGUGGCGAUCACCCUUGCAUGGUGGAGACCUCCCAGCUGGGUUGGAGCAGCAGCUUGGCUUGCCAGCACAGGCUUUGGGGUUUGCUCUGCCUACCGUUUGCCUCCGUUGGCUCAGGGCAAGUGUUUUUUUGCUCUGGCCAGCUGGGUUAGAGCUCCUUGGGGUCAUCCCUCUGCUUCAUGUGAAAUCCUCAGGCCCAGCAGCCUCAGCUGUUGGCUGGUUUAGAAAUAAAUAACCCAGAGUCUGUUUGCCCUUCCAAAA